GGGUUGCUGCUUCCCUUGGUUUCUUCCGUGUUUUCUUUCCCUUGCCUGGUUUCUGGAGCAGGGAGUUUAAUUUUCUGAUACUGAGAUCCUGCUCCACAAGCUGGUAUUUCUGUAUGUGUUGUUGUGUUUUGAAGUUCGUCAGAAUCCUGUCGGACUGUGUCUUUAUAACGGCCUGCACUGUCCGUGUAUCCUAAGUAUAAAUAAACUGCAAACAACAUGAUGGCGUCGAGCUAUAACGCGAAAGAAGAAGACGGACAGCUCUCUGGUGCCGGGGGGUCGGGCGGCGUAGGGGCUGCGAAGAGCAAGAAGCCGGAUAACACAGCCUUCAAGCAGCAGAGACUGCCGGCCUGGCAGCCCAUUCUCACCGCAGGCACCGUGCUGCCUGCCUUCUUUGUGAUCGGUCUGGUAUUCAUUCCUAUCGGAAUCGGCCUCUUCGUAACUUCCAAUAACAUCAAGGAAUUUGAGAUUGAUUAUACUGGUAUUGACCCAGCCAGGCCAUGCUACAACUGCUCUCAGACAUUGACCUGGAACAGCACAAAGUCAUGUGUAUGUAAAGUCCCGUUCACACUGGAGCAGUCAUUUGAGAGCGAAGUUUUCAUGUAUUACGGACUGUCCAAUUUCUACCAGAACCACCGUCGUUAUGUGAAAUCUAGAGAUGACAGCCAGCUCAAUGGAGAUGCAACUCGCUUAACUAGCCCAAGCAAGGAAUGUGAGCCCUACCGCACCAGUGAUGGCAAACCCAUAGCCCCCUGUGGAGCCAUUGCUAACAGCCUGUUCAACGACACUUUGACAUUGUACUAUAUUAAUCCCAAUGGCACUGAAAGUUUAGUUCCGUUGCAAAAGAAGGGAAUUGCCUGGUGGACUGACAAGAAUGUGAAAUUCAGAAACCCAGGUGGAAAUAACUUGAAUAACAUAACAGCUGUUUUCCAUGGUACAUCCAAGCCAGUGAACUGGCAAAAGGCUGUAUACGAGCUGGACACAGACCCUGAGAACAACGGGUUUAUCAACGAGGACUUCAUUGUGUGGAUGCGCACUGCUGCCCUGCCCACCUUCCGCAAACUCUACCGCCUGAUUGAGAAGAAAAACAACAUGAUUCCAACCCUGCAGCGUGGAAACUACACCCUGGAGAUCACCUACAAUUACCCUGUGCGUAGAUUUGAUGGGCGGAAGCGAAUGAUCCUGAGCACUAUCUCCUGGAUGGGUGGUAAGAACCCGUUUCUGGGCAUUGCCUACAUCACUGUCGGCUCCGUCUGCUUCUUCCUGGGCGUCGUCCUGCUGAUUGUCCACCACAAAUAUGGAAACCGCAACAACAGCGCAGAAAUACCCAACUAGUGGAGGAGUGAUGCCAAUAAAAACCUGCUCUGCGUGCGCAUAACCAGAGGGGCCCAGUUUGGACCACUAGCUAAUAAAACUUGGCAUCAUCAGUUGUCGGUUGUUGUACAUGUUGUUUGUCCUUUAAAUGCAAUGGUUUAUUUUAUUCCUAGGGAUGGAACAGUUCUAACUAAAGGGCUUGUUUCAGAUUGCAGUAUAUGUGUAAUGUAGCGUAACCCUCUAAAAGUAACUAGUUUACUUUAAAGCCUUAGUCUUAUUCACAAAGCUCUGACUGAUAUACCAAAAGCCUUUCUUGUUUGACUUAAUAAACUGCUGUUAAUGAAGCCAACUACAGUCUAGGACAGUUCAUGAAUAUCAGACUUGAAAAAAUAGUUUGUAAUGAGUUAAAGCUUUGUGACCAGCACCCAAAAUUUGGAUAUAAAGGAUUUCCAAAGAGCAUGAUACACCUCUAGUUUAACUAAUGAAAAAUAGCUGUACAUUAGAUCAUAAGGAUUUGCUGGAUUAUAUUUGACACUCAAAACCUGUGUUACAAAUGAUGUGAAUAUAGAUGUUAAUAUUUAAUUCCUUGAAGACAAUGUUGUACUUGCGGACAUGCUUUAAAACUGAUAUAUCAUGUUUCCUGCUGAAGGAAUGUACAGUAUUUUUGUGUUUUUAAUUAAAAUUCAUUUACAUCCAGUGCUUUUUCUAGUACACUGCACUGGUUAGAAUCUGACUUUUUUAAUAAUUUUAGGUAAUCUGAUACAUCUGUGUUUUUAAUUUCAGUUUUAUUAUACUGGUACCCUACUUUUGCUGAAGAUUGCAGUGUCUUGCUGUAGCAUGUCUUGAACAGAUGUGGCAUUUUAAUCAUUUAUUUAUUUCAGGUUAAGUAGGUUUACUUGGUUUAGGCACAAACAUGAUGAUUGCACACUUCACGUUUUCAACUCCAUUUAAUGUAACUAUUCUAGUCUGAAGGAGAUUGCAAGAAUUAUUGGGACCAGUGUAACCACUGAAACUGCUUCUGAUUUAAGUAAUACUACUGGUGAAGGUUUUAAAAACUGCAUCACCAAGCAUAUUGACAACCUCAAUUCACCAGUUAAUUUGCACUUCUCAUGCAAUUGAAAUAUCCUUGUUAUUUAUUUGAGAAUUUAAAUUAUUUACGUUCCUCUUUAUAGCUGUUGGUUUACAAUAUUAUUAAAAGCUGUUUAUCCUGUAGAGAUUCCUUUUAAGUUGGGUGGUCUAAUAAAAGAUGGAAAAGUA